AUGCCAUCCUUUUGACCAAACUGCAAAAGAAGGUUAGACCCUUCCCUUCCCCUUCUCCCACGCCCUUUAUCAACAGCACACCUCUCUUCGUUUUCUUUUCACUCGCUUUAAUCUCUCUUUCUCCUCUCUUUUCUCUCAUGGUCUUGUUUCAGUAGUCAUGGCUGUAGAGCUUAUGAUGGCUUAUAGGAACGAUGGUUUUGCAGCUAAAGUGGAAGAGAACGCAGUCCAAGAGGCUGCUUCAGGGCUUGAGAGUGUCAAUAAGCUCAUCAGAUUGCUCUCGCAUCAAAAUCAAGAAAAUCUUCAAUCGUCAUCUUCUUCUCCAAGCUCAGGACCCUCCAUGGAUAUAGGGAUGGAUUGCAAGGCAGUUGCAGAUGUUGCUGUUUCUAAAUUCAAGAGAGUUAUUUCUCUUCUGGGUCGAACCAGAACUGGCCAUGCUCGCUUUAGAAGAGCUCCUGUGGCAACUCCUGUAAACAACACCCAGAUUAGCCUAGAAAAUCAAGUUCUUGAAAGUAAGGUUUAUUAUGCUAUGCCGAUCCAGCUGAUUCCUCCUCCUCCUCCUCCUCCUCCUCCUCCUCCAGUUCCUAAUCAUUUCCAUGAUUAUUCUUCUGUGACGAUGAUGUCAAAGAAUAAUGGGGUGAUCAGUGACAGGAAAGAAUCGUCUACCACCCUCAAUUUUUCUUAUUCUUCUGCUGGGAAUUCUUUUGUUUCUUCCUUGACCGGUGAUACGAUUGAUAGUAAACAGCUAUCCUCUUCAUCAGCGUUUCAGAUUACCAAUCUUUCUCAGGUUUCUUCAUCUGGAAAGCCUCCACUUUCUUCUUCUUCCUUGAAGAGGAAGUGUAGUUCUGAGAAUAUGGGUUCUGGAAAGUGCAGUGGUGGGUCUUCUGGUCGUUGCCAUUGCUCUAAGAAGAGUAGAAAGUUGAGACUGAAGAGAGUGGUGAGGGUUCCAGCAAUUAGCUUGAAGAUGGCUGAUAUUCCACCAGAUGAUUACUCCUGGAGAAAAUAUGGACAAAAACCCAUUAAAGGGUCCCCUCAUCCAAGAGGCUAUUACAAGUGCAGUAGCGUGAGAGGUUGCCCAGCACGUAAGCAUGUGGAGCGAGCUUUAGACGAUCCAUCAAUGCUUGUAGUCACCUACGAAGGAGAACACAAUCAUACUCUCUCCAUUGCAGAGACAACCAAUCUCAUCUUAGAAUCCUCAUAGGUUAAUCACCAGCGUCAUCAUCUUCAUCCCAUCAACAACAAAAACAAAAACUGUAACCAAAAACAGUUUUAAACAAAUGGGAUUUUAGUUUCAUUUCAACUUGAGUGUAGGAAUAGUUUGUAGUAACAGUAGCUAGCGAGAGCUGUGUACAAUGGGAUUCAAAGAAACUCUCUCAAGCUUUAAUCUCAAAGGAGAUUAGUGGGUUUGGUUCAUUUCAUUUCUCUCUGUAAAAUAUUAUAAAUUCCUCAGCUUCUCAAUUUUUAUUUUUUUCA